CAUAUGCCCUGAGUGUGCUAAAAUGUAUGCUUACUACUGUUUAUUUAUUUAAAAGUUAACCAAUCAUUUACUAUCGAAUGGAUAAUCAUUAAUCUAUGCUGUGGCAUAUGUUAUGUGUACUAAUGCGCAGGCUAUAAUUUUCUUAAACUAUUCUCAAUCUCUUUCAGAAACAUAUUAAUAUACAUACAUCUAUUAUCUAUGAUAUCUUUCUAACAACUGAUGAAGAGUAAGUUGCCCAGUAGAAUAGCGAAAGUCUCAAGAAAUGUUAGAUUCCUUAUUGUACGAUAUUUAUUGAAAAAAAAAUGAAAUUGCAAACUCUGUAGAUGUGAAGGAAAUAGUGUAUUGAUGAAUUUGAAAUACUGACACCGAUACAGAGAAGAUUACAAGCUCAAUGUCUGCAGUAUAAUAUAAAAUAAAUCAAAUAGGCCUUCACUUGCAUCCACAGUGUCACCAUCUGGCCUAAAGCAUGGCGCUUUUAAAACACGUCCUCGCAGACGGUUGCUACUACGCUUGUUCCCAAGAGACACUCGCUUCAGAGUUCCAAAUGUUAUCACCACCGACGAGACUGGCAAUUUGAUUCAGAUUUCCUCAGAUCACUCUUCACCACCUUCGGAAUUAAUCACAUCCGUACAUCAUCAGUAAAAUGGCAUGAAUGCAUGAAUCACCGCUUUCGUCAAAAUGAUUGCCAAUUAUGUUGCUGGCACUACGGAGUAAGAUCAAACAGGGCAUCAAAUCCACUCUCGCGGACUGGUUUAUGGCACCAUACUCUGCCUUCCCUGUGAACUGUUCCACUCCACAACGCCUAAGCCGAUGCCUCAUGAAGUUAUAACCGUAAUUCGAAACGUAAUGGGGCAAUAUUGCUAUCUUCGGCCAGGGGCAGACUCGGUCAAUAUUUCAGGGAGGUAGGGAAUUUUUUUAAGACCAGACUGCGCUGAUCGAUUGAACCCGUUGUACUAUGCACAUGCGUAGUAGAUGAUACAGCAAAAAUUGUGUUUAACUCUAUAUUAUAUAAUAUAGUAUACAUAAUAUACUGUAACGAAAAUUGACAAGAACAAACGACCUAACACCGCCAGUCUUAUAUGCUCAGUCUAUUGUAUACUAUUAUAAGAUGUGUGCUUGCACGUCGCACUGGAAGCCUUAACCAUAGAAUAAUAUUAUAGAAUUGGCAAUCGAUCAGCUGAUCGGUUUCUUGUUUACCUAUGUUUACCUGUGUACCUAAAACCAAUAUGGAAACUCGAACAUGAUGUUAGACCCUUGUUUACCCGUAUUAAGAAAACGUUUAACUGCCACGUCGACAGGAUCGAUUUGUUUACCAUUUACUAUUUCGCACGUAUGCCAUGCCCCGUCCCUCCCCCACCAAGGAUACACGAUUCACAGUGUGUCGUAAACCUGCCUCAACGUAAGAUAAAGUAGACUGUUGCUCUCUCAUUUCAUAAUCCACCGACACGCUCGGGACCCUUCGUCUGCUGUGAAAUUUAAAAAAGUGUUUUUUCGUCCCGUUACAAAAACGUUAAUUGCGUUCGCCGGGUUGCAGAUACGAAUCUUUUUUAAUCGCCGUAUUCACGGUACACUCAGUCGAGUUUUCUUUGGUAAUAAUCACAACUGAACAUAACACUAUGGCUAGAUCAUCUUCAAGAGUCAUCACGAAAGUCUUCUUAAUUUCCGUAUGCGUAUUCGCCGUCCUUGCCCGUCCGGAAGAUGCGAAAGUGCAAAACAAACUUUCUGCGGUCAAAUCUGAGAAAUUUGCUACAACACUUCCGGCGACCACGGUAAAAAAAGUUGAUCUUCAAUUCUCCUCAAUCCAGCAAGAUGAGUCUUUUCCGAACGUCAGCGAGGACGUAGUCGACGAGGCUUUCAACGACAUGGGUUUCAUGCGAAGCGAGCCAUACAAGUGCUCUAACGGCGAAGGACUGUGCGACCCCACUGGCCAACAAAUUAAAAAUUUGAAUAUUUCCUCUCAAACCAUAAAAUAUUCACCAGACUGGACUGCUGAGAACAAAACUCGCAGCAAACGCAUGGAUAAGUUAAAUAAUUUGGCCUGUUAUUAUCUUAUGCCAAGUGAUUACACACUUGAAACCCUUUACCCUGAUGAAAUAAACCCUGCUUUAUGUACUCAUUUAAUUGUGACGGCUGCACGCGUUCAAAAUAACAGAGUUUACUUCGAGACCACAUACGAUGAAGAGAUUUUGAGACGAGCAGUGAAUUUACGUGAACAAAACCCAAAGUUAAAAGUAUUACUAUCUUUACAACAUUUUUCCGAUGGUUCACAUUCAAAUGAAGGUUUUCCUGGCGUGGUUGCAAAUAAAGAUAACUUAGACCAAUUUAUCUUUCAUGUAGUAUCAGUUGUCAAUGAAUUUUACCUGGAUGGUAUUGAUAUAAACUGGCAAUUUCCAUCAUGGCCUUUAUUAAAUUUAGAAGAAAAAUAUGGAUUUGCUAAGUUAUUAGAAACCUUACGUUACCAUCUACCUGACUCUAUUUUAACUGCAGCGGUUGCUGCUCCAAUUAGAAUAAUUAAACAAUCGUAUUUAAUGUAUCCUUUAGCAAAUUUUGUUGACUUUAUAAACGUUAUGGCAUAUGAUUAUUUUUCAUAUCGCUGGUAUUUCCAAAUAACUGGGCCAAAUUCACCUUUGUAUUCUCCACGAAAUGAAAGUGAAUACUUCCAGGAUUUAAAUAUUAAUUCUUCUAUUCAUUAUUGGAUCUCAAAUGGUAUACCUACAGAAAAGAUUUUGCUUGGCAUGCCUACACAUGGACAUUCUUAUAAAUUAAAAAAUGAAGACAAUAAUGGUUUUAAUGCACCAACUACUGGUCUUGGUAUCGGCGAGGGUGGUUAUGUAACUUUUUCAGAAUCGUGUGAGUUUAAAUCACAUCCAAAUGCUACAACCGUUUUUGACUUGGAAACUCUUACACCAUACGCAUAUCAUAAAAAUGACUGGAUAUCUUUUGAUGAUGAAAAAAGUUUAGCAUUUAAAGUAGAUUAUGCUACUACUUUAAAUUUAGGAGGUGCCAUGGUAUAUUCUUUGAACACUGAUGAUUAUAGUGGUUCAAGUCAAUGUUCGAUAACAAAAUUUCCAUUAACUUCUAUUAUACAAUUAGCAUUAAAUAAUAACGUUUAAAUAUUUAACUAAAUACUAAAUACUGCUUCAAUGAGUAUAUAAUAAUAAAUUUAUUUUAUUCAUUUAAAGUAAUUGGCAUACGUGGACAACCUUAGUUCAUUUAUUACUGUGUUAAAUUUUACUUAUAUUAUAUUCUUAUUCUUCAUAUUAAUUUAAUAAAAACCUUUUGUAUUCUAGUAAAAUUAAAGGUAAGAAUUUUAUAGAUUAGACUAUUAGA